AAGCAUUAAAUCAAAUGAAGUGGAAUUAGCACAUCUUUAUUAUUUACCAAAAGCUCAUAAACCUGGUACUCCACUUCGUCCAAUUAUUUCUGGUCUAAAACAUCCAACUAAAAAAAUAUCAAAAUUUCUCGACGAAUUACUUCGACCAUUAUUUAAUAAAAUGGCGUCAAAUACAACUGUUACUUGUGGUACUGAAGUUAUUAAACAAUUGCAUGAAUGGUCAAAACGAAACAUACGUCAAGAAACCUUAAUAUGUACAAUGGAUGUUAUGGAUCUUUAUACGAUUAUACCCCAAACAGAAAUACGUGGUGGUGCUAUGGGUUCUCUAUUAACAUUAACAAUUGCUAAUUGUUAUAUGUACUUUUAUGAACGAGAUAUUGUUAAACAAGUGAACAAUAGCAAUGGAUUCUACUUACGAUAUAUUGAUGAUAUUUUCAUAAUUAUUAAUUGGCCGAUUCCACAUCUUUCUAAACAAAUUAAUCGAUGGAAUGAAUUAGACUUGAAUAUAAAAUUAAAAGCUCAAGUUGGUCAUUCAACAAAUUUUCUUGACUUAUACAUACAAAAUAGAAAUGGUGAAUUAUUUACAAAAGUUUAUCACAAACCAUCGUAUGAACCAUAUUAUUUACCAUUUAAUAGUGUUCAUCCAAUACAUAUGAAAAUGAAUAUUUCAUAUGCUAUGUUAAUUCGUGCGAUUAAAUAUUGUUCAACAUUUGAAACAUAUUUAAAUGAACGUGAAAAAUUAAGAAUGACUUUAUUAUUAAAUAAAUAUCCUGGUGAAUUUAUAGAGAAGCAAUUCCGUCGGGUAUUUCAAAAACAUAAUUUAAUAGAACCAUUAUCGACAAGCAAUUAUAAAACAUCACGAGAGAAAUUAAUUUAUUUAGAUAAAAAAGAAAAAAUUCCAAUUGAUUAUGGGAAAACAAUGUUCAUUCAUUUUACAUACUGUUUAAAUAUGAAAACAUUUCCGGCUAAAUUUCAUGCACUUUGGGACAAAUACUUUAUAGAGUCUUCAAUAAAUGAAAUAAAACCGGUCUUAGGUACUCGUAAUGUCCAGAAUUUACAGCAACAACUAAUACGUAAUAAAUAA